AUGGCCGUGUCCUGCGACACAAUCAGCCACUCUGCAACAAGCUACGAGAUUCAUUCAAAGAACGAAUUCACAGGAGAAUGUGCUGAAACGGAGCGCGCGCCGCUGUCCGCAGCCCCGGUGCUGAACGCCGAAUCCGAGAGCCGCUGCCCGUCCAGGCCCCAGCCCCCACCCGGGUCCCCUGAGGCUGCCGAGCACAUUAAGAAGCUGCAUCUGGAUCAGGACUGGGAGUUGGGACAGGUGUCCCCCAUGAAGCUGCUGGAAAUCAAGACCCAGUGCUCUGGGCCCCACAUGGACCCCAAGAUCUGCCCCGCUGACCCCACCUUCUUCUCCUUCAUCAACCUCAGUGACCUCUGGGUGGCCAACAUCGAGACCGGCGAGGAGCACAGGCUGACGUGCUGCCACCAAGGCUUGUCCAACGUCCUCGAGGACCCCAAGUCUGCAGGUGUGGCCGCCUUCGUCAUCCAGGAAGAGUCUGACCGCUUUGCUGGCUACUGGUGGUGCCCCAUGGCCUCCUGCGAGGGUCCGGAAGGUGUCAAGACGCUGCGGAUCCUGUAUGAGGAGGUGGACGAGUCCGAGGUGGACAUCAUACACGUCCUGGAGGAGAGGAAGAUGGACUCGUACUGAUACCCGCGGACUGGCAGCAAGAACCCCAAGAUUGCCUUGAAACUAGCCGAGUUCCAGACUGACAGCCAGGGCAAGAUCGUCUCCAGCCAGGAGAAGGAGCUGGUGCAGCCCUUCGGCUCUCUCUUCCCGCGGGUGGAGUUUGUCGCCAGGGCUGGCUGGACCCAGGAUGGAAAGCACGCCUGGGCCACGUUCCUGGACCGGCCCCAGCAGCGGUUGCAGCACGUGCUCCUGCCCCCGGCCCUGUUCAUCCCCGCGACGGACACCGAGGAGCAGUGGCGCGCCUUCGCCAGGGCCGUGUCCAGCUCCGUCCAGCCCUUCGCCAUCUACGAGGAGGUCACCGACGUGUGGAUCAACGUGCACGACAUCUUCUGCCCCUUCCCCCGGCGGGACGGGGGCGACCGGCUGAGCUUCCUCCCCAACGAGUGUAAGACCGGCUUCUGCUGCUUGGACAAGGUCACGGUCACGCUCACGCCCAGCGGCCACGACUGGACCCAGCCGCUGCACCCCAGGGAAGGCGAAAAAAGCAUAUCGGAAGCGCUGACCAGCUGCCCACCUGACUACGUGCCCCCCGAAAUCUUCCACUUCCACAUGCAGUACAAGCUGCACUCCAUGCACCCGGGCAUGAAGCACCCCGCAGUCCUCUUCGUCUCUGGGGAAUCCCAGUCCGAAUGUGUCAUCUUGACAGGCACCUUGAAAAUCUUGUUAUGA